CAUAACUCUGCAACCAUGGCUAUUACCCUGGGGCUUCUCUGCUUAUUCGCCCUCGGCACCGCAUCACUUGCCCAAUGGCCGCUGGACCAAAAACAGCCCCCGCUGCGCACAACUGGGGGAGAAUUCCUGCAGCCAUUCCCUGGGGCUCCGAUGCUGCCGCCACCUCCACCACCAACCCUCUCUCGGGAUCUGGACGAGAUUACACGGCUGAUUCAGUUCAAGCCUCUGAAUCAGCUGCUGGUGCGUUACCUGAUAAACGAUGCCCAGUUCCAGGCCUUUGUGAGGAUUAUCAAUAGCAACGCUGGCUUCACGGCCCGCUGGCGUUUGCUCUCGCAGCCAGAACUUAUCCUUUUCCUACAGUGGGUCGACCAGCAGCUACUGGCUUCUGGCGGCGCCUUUGAGAUGGAGGAGCAGGAGCUGGCCGUCACUCUGUUCAACCGCUUCCCCUACUGGUCGGGCACCGUUUUCGGCUGGCAGGGAUUCCUCAACGAAGCGCAGCUCUACUUUCCCACAUAUGCGAUUCGCGCCCAUAUAGACGCCAAACUGCUGCAGCCGGGCAUCUUCUCGCAGUUCUGGUCAAGACUACAGGCUUUGCGCGUGGUCUACGAACGCUGGUUGGCCUUGCCGGGCACUGCGCAGGUUGUGGCUGAGCUGCAGCAAGCGGGCAUCGACACGGCUCAGUUAGAUGAAAUUAUACGCGAUCUGUUUGGGUGGAAUGUUGUCUCUGCACCAACCACUGCAGCACCUACAGUAACUGCAGCAACCUCGACGCCAGCACCUCCCACAAGUAGUCCAGCUGCUGUGAUCCCUCCGGGAAACGGAGCCCCUGUGGAUCCCCUGCCAGUUGCCUAGGGUGGUCAAUAUAUCUAUCGUAUAUUUGUUUGAUAUUUGCACUAGCAACAUUCGGCCGAGGCCUCUAACAAUGAAUGGGAACUAACUACA